AUGGAGAUAGCUCAUAUGGUAACGACUACUACCAAUACCGUGAUCAUACCCGACCCGGAUUCUCCGGGACUCGAACUCGAAGCCCCGACCCGGAUCCUACCCGCCAAGCCCAUUUCCUUCUCUAACGGCAAACGCCACCACCAUCCUCCGGCUGCCUCGCCGGCGGUAGGAGCGGUAACGUACAGAGAAUGUCAGAAGAACCACGCCGCCGGGAUCGGGGGCCACGCCCUCGACGGCUGCGGCGAGUUCAUGCCGUCGUCUUCGUCCGACCCCACGGUCCCAAUCUCCCUCACCUGCGCCGCUUGCGGCUGCCAUCGUAACUUCCACCGCCGUUCAUCCUCCUCCGCCCUCGAGUUCCGACCGCAGAACCGUCACCAUCCGCCGCCUCCCCUCCCGCUUCGCAGCCCGGACGAGGAUUCCGCCUCCCCUCCUCCGAUCUCCUCAUCUUAUAUGCUCCUCGCUCUCUCCGGUGGGAGAAACUCAUCCGCCGCCGGUGGAACUACGGCGGGUCCCGGGGCCGCAGAACCGUCACCAUCCGCCGCCUCCCCUCCCGCUUCGCAGCCCGGACGAGGAUUCCGCCUCCCCUCCUCCGAUCUCCUCAUCUUAUAUGCUCCUCGCUCUCUCCGGUGGGAGAAACUCAUCCGCCGCCGGUGGAACUACGGCGGGUCCCGGGGCGGCUCCGGGGACGCAGAAGCGAUUCAGGACGAAGUUUAG